AUGAAAAUUUCAAAGUCCGAUCCGACCUUAUGCUCAGACUCGGACUGCAACCUAUUCGUCACUAUAGUUGCCGUCCUCGACGAUGGAAAUCUACUGCUACUCGAACAGAAACAGAUGAAUUUGGCAUCCCUCUGAAACCGACGUGGUCAGUCAAUGAAUUGCUCUCGUCGUACCCGACACCGACGAUAUCCCCUGCGACACUCAUUCACCUCCACGACCUUGCCGCUCUCAUACCUCCCGAAGAAGGGUCCAAAAAGUUUGACAAGGUUAAAGGCGAGCUGGAAGAACUUGUACGGCUAGUUGAGGCUGUCAAGCUGGUCGAUACGAAGGGUGUUGAUUUGGACGCAGCAACAGAGAGGAUGGAUAACCGGCAGCUCAAUGCACCACCAUUGGAUGCUUCAGGACGUUCACUUCUGAAGCACGCAGCACGUACAGUGGAUGGUUUCUACGUUGUUGAUGCAGACAAGAGACAUUAGGUCGAAUGUGACGGCGAAGCAAUUCUAUUGUUGUUCCUCCUUGUUGUUGAUAAAGUCAAGGGAGCAACAUGGAAGCAGUACAUCAGGAGUCAUACAAGUCAUCGAUACAAUCCAUAAUCAAAGAGAACCAUGGCCUCCGGUUG